UUGAACUCUCAUAUUUAGUUUCUGGUGAGCCGCCUCAAGAACCAGUGAUCUCCAAAAAAUCUGGCCAUGUAUAUGAAAAGAGAUUGAUAGUGAAAUACAUUGCCGAUUACGGAAAAGAUCCUAUUAAUGGAGAGGAAAUCACAGAGGAAGACUUACUAGAAGUAAA